AUGGCCACCGAAUUAAAGUUGGAGCAGUACGAUGUUAAUAAUCCAAGAUGGGAUCAAAGUAAAUUUUCGGGACGUUUGCGUUAUUUUAUAGCAAUCACUAAUCCGCUGAAAGCAUUUGCUAGCCUGGAUACACUUCAAGAUAGCAAACGUUUGCUUCAAUUAUACAGGGCUGGCAAAGAACCAUAUGGUACUACUGUGGAAGAUUUGCAGCGCGCUCAAGCAUUUUAUGCAUCAGCCUUUCAUCCGGACACUGGCCAGUUACAAACAUUACCGGGACGUAUGUGUGCUAAUGCGUGGGGAGGUACAUUACUUUGCGGAGCAAUGAUGCUGUGGUAUAAAAGUACGAGAGCCGUAGUUUUCUGGCAAUGGGCUAAUCAGUCCUUCAAUGCAAUUGUCAAUUAUACCAAUCGGAAUGCGCAAAGUCCUCUGUCAAAAAGAGAUUUAUUGGUUGCAUAUACCUCAGCGGUUAUUGGUGCACUUGGUGUUGCUGUAGGCUUGAAGAAUUAUCUAGCAAAGCGUGCACUUUCGCCACUAUUCCAGCGUUUCGUGCCUUUGGCUGCCGUAGCAGUUGCAAACGUUAUCAAUAUCUCUUUCACACGACAAAACGAACUACUCAAUGGCCUUCCGGUAACAAAUGAAACGGGACAAGUAGUAGCAAAAUCAAAGUUAGCAGCAUGCAAAGCAAUCAGUUUAGUAGUAUGUUCGCGUAAUGUUAUUGUGGCUCCAAGCAUGUUACUAAUACCCCUGAUUAUGAAUGCUAUGGAGAAAUAUAACUGGUAUGUCAAUCGCGCUAAAUUCUUGAACAUACCAAUGCAGCUUGUACUUACUUUCGUCCUAUAUGGAUCAAUGAUACCAGUUGGCUGUGCUCUUUUUCCGCAAAUUAACAGUGUUAAAGCUACAACAUUGAUGCAUUACGAACCAACAGCUUAUGAGGAGCUAAAACAUCAUAUGGGCGUGAAUAUGCUUGCAACACAGCGUGUUUUUUUCAAUAAAGGAUUGUGA